AUGUGACUCUUGUUCAUUGCAAAGUCAUUUCAGCGUUACGUUCAACGUUCCACUUCAGUCAUGUCCAUAGGCGAAAUUAGCUCACAAAAUACUCUUUCGAACAUCAACACACUGUGAUAGAGAACUACUACCUUUCCCUGUUACCCAAGAUGCCUACAGACGAAUCCGCAUCUGCUCCCCGCCAGCCAUAUGAUUACGUCCGUACAUUUUCCAAACCAACUGUCGAGCUUUUUGAGGCUGCGCUUCCCACAUUGAAAGAGGAGUCUAGACAAUGCAUCGAGAAUCUCUUGAAUUAUCGUGCACGACAUACACAAGUCAAGUUCCCUCGGAGUCAGAGCGCGGCAGUCCUGGUUCCAUUGUUUAUCGGUCGUGCGGGGAACCUGUAUGUGUUAUUAAGUCGGCGGUCAGCUAGCUUGAGGCAGUAUGCGGGUGAUACUGCACUUCCGGGAGGAAAGGUGGAGCUCCAAGAUAUUACUGUUGAGGAUACUGCGAGGCGCGAGACCUUUGAGGAGAUUGGGCUUAUUCCAGACCGGGAACGAGUGCCCUUGCUGUGUGUGAUGGAGCCCUUUCUUGCUGGUAACCAGAUGGUAGUGACUCCAGUUGUGGUGCUCAUUCUCGACAACACUAUGCAGCCUAGUCUCAACGAGUCGGAGGUGACCUCGAUAUUCUCACAACCGCUCGCUUCCUUCCUCGCGUCAUCUUUCCCUUUCCACCCAUACCGUAUUCCAGAUCCUUCGAUACCCUACCACACGACGGCAGAGUGGGAAUGGAGCGGAGGUGGUCGAAUCCGCAUGCAUAGCUUCCUCACCGGACGCGAAGCAGACGGCGUGAAACCUGUGUUUGGGCUUACUGCGAGCAUAUUAAUCUACGUUGCCAUCUUGGGCUACAGACACGCUCCAGACUUUGAGUUGCAGCCGCCAAACGCGCCUACGCAGGCUCAGCAGAUCGCUUGCGCGCUCCUCACGCCUUCGAAUCCACUGCGGCUGGCAUGCGAGGGCGAGGGCAUUAAUGCGAAUGUAAUGGCUGAGUCUAUCCUGCAUACACCACAGGAGCUGAACUCUAGGCCUGAUAUGAUUGAGUGGGACAAGAGCGGUAGAGAAAGGGAGAACGCAGGGCGCCAAAGUGGCCAAAAUGAGCGCAAGGACGGUGACGCUAAACUCUGAUGUUCAAGAGUGAACACCUCACUGAUGCUGAUUAUAACUCAUAUUGUAUUGGCGACUGGUGUCGUAGCCGGUUGCUUACAUGCCAGAAUAGAUGAUUUAUUAGACGAAUUUGUAUUUGGUUAU